AUGGUCGUCGUCGAAUUGUCACAGGAAGACUAUGUAAGUUUCAAAUUGCCGUGAGAAAACAGUUUUGUUUUUGUUUACAGGAAUCGAUCAAUGGAAUCCGCCAAAGAGUUCUCGAAGUGAAAAAAUGGACGGUAAAUUUUUGUUUUUUUUCAAUAUUUGUAUUUUCAUUUGAUAUUUCCAGGGGUACAUCGAUAUUGUUGCGAGCGAGGAAAUCAAAUUGCGCACAAGAAGCUUGUUUGCCCAAUGCCAAGAAAUCCGGGCGGAAAUUCAAGAUUUUAUGAUCCAUUAUCAUCAAAGUGCUGAUAAUCAAGUAAGUUAUAUUAUUUCCAAAUUUAAGAAGCAAAAAAUGAUCCACCACAAAGUCUUAAACAAUUGAUUCCUAGUCAAAAAUUUAAUUUUUAGUCGAAUCGGGAACCGAUCAAUAAAUACAGACCAGCCACGAAGCCCCUAAAAAGUUCAUUACCCUGAAUCCUGCAGUUAUUUUUUUGGUGAAACUUAGUGUGUAUAAUACUUCGACUAUGCUGGAAUCGAUCACAGAGGCAGAAAUUGAUAUUUCAGCCUUGUUGAACAAUAAGAGGGCAUCAAACUGAGAAUUUUGACUUUACGGAUAAAAAUCAACAUGGUAAUGUUAGUUUUUCCUCCAAGUUAAAAAAAAAUUCCAGGAAUCCGAUAAUUAUUUUUCACUUAAAAAUUUUUAACUGUAAUCAUUUGUUCACAUUUUCCCUCACAAUUCAAUUUUUUAGGAAAAAAUCGCCCGCCUUCGCAAUCGAGUUGUGACUCUUUACCAAGUUUAUCAUCAAUUAUCAACCGAUCACAGUGCUCAACUUGUUUCGGGUUUUAAGAGAGAAAAAUGAUGGACGAGAGGAUUGAGAUUUUAUAUGCAUUGUAUAUUUUGUUGAUAUUUUUGUUGCACUUUUUGAUCCUUUACAAUCGCUCAAAUAUAUACAUUAUUGUUAAUAUAACCUUGUUGAAUAUGUGUUUUAUUGUGUUCAAACAUAAUCGGUGAACUCUUCCGAUUUUUUAUUUUCUAUUGAUGCUUUAUUUAUGAAACCAAAAGUUAAUCGAAAAAUAAUGAUGAAACCUAUACAAUUUUUCUAGUUAUCUUUCUCCAAAUAUUUUGAAUAGGCUUCAUUCGAAAUGACCUUCACCAUCCAGACGUUUCUAUAGAAAAAAAUAGGUGCAACACAUUUCUUUUCACAAUUUUUUACCCGGUUCAAAAACACACUUCUUCUUACGCUCCUCCCACUAUCUCACUUUGAUAAUUUAUUUUGUUCCCGUUUCAUUCUGUGCUGUUCACAAUAGAAUAUGUUUUUGCAGAUGUCGUUCGAUUUGUUUGAUUUUCCAAACAGAUUCAAUCCAUAUAUUCCUCCUGAUCCAUAUUAUCUCAUCUCCAUUGAACAAUUGGUAUGUUUUUGAAUAGAUUACGGUACUUCAAAUAUUAUGAUUUUUCAGAAGGUGAAACGAUUUUUGAUGGAAAACAUCGAGAGCAUCUUUGAUAAGGAGCAAGUAAUCUAUCAAAAAACAACGGCUGAGAAUGCGCAGAAACUCAUCAAUGAAACCGAAGCCGUUUAUUAUGAAGUCGGACAAGUUUUGACUGUUUUUGAUUACCAUGUGAGUUUGAGUUGAACCUGGACAGGGCUGAGAUGUUUCGGAUUUUUCCUCAAACAUUUGAUAUUUCAGCUCAACAUGGGUGAACUCCUCAACAGAACUAUUGCCUUGCUUCGAUACACUGGUGUUAUUCUCACUUAUCCACCUUAUUUCCAAAUUCCUCCACUUGAGGCGUUCCACAACAAUCCGUACAUGUAA